UUUUUUUUUUUUUAAAUAAAAUAAUAAAAAAAAACAAAAUCCUUAUUCAUAUAUAUUUUUUUGUUAUCUUUUUGAGCUUACAUUAAUUAGAGGACAAUGACAGAAACUAAGGAUUGCAUUGCUGAAGCGGGAAAAACUGCUGCUAUCGCUGGUGGUGUAGGUUUUUUUGUGUCAGCCAUUCAAAACAUAGUACAAAAGCAUACUACAGGUGCUAGAGGUGUCAUUACCAGAACAGGUGGCACUGUUGCUUUCUUCGCUGCAAUGGGUGGUAUUUUUACUCUUGGUGAAUGUACAGCAAAAGAUAUUCGUGGAAAAGACGACGCUAUCAAUGCUGCUAUUGGUGGUUGUGCAGCUGGUAUGUUGGCCGGUAUUAAGAGUCAUUCAUUUGCAAAGAUGGGUGCUGGUUGUGCAGCUGUUGGAGCCACUAUGUAUGCAUAUGAAGCUUCCGGCGAAUUAAAGGGAAUUUAUGCUAAUAAAACAAGAGAGGAAAGAAAACAGCAUGAAAAGGAAUUCUUUAAACAGCAAACCAAAAACGAGGAAGCUUAAAUAUAAUAAAAUAUUUGGACAUAUUUACAUGUAUGUAUUAUAUUACACUUACAACACCACCAAUCCUUAUAUACGACUUAGUAUUCAUAUAUACAAGCGCACCUGAACAAUGAUUUUUUUUUUAUUUAAAUACAAAGACUUUGCUUAAUAAAUAUAUAGGCAGCAGAAAAAAAAAAGGAUGUAUAAUAAUAGUAAUAAUAAUAA